GGGCUUGGUGUGUGAAGAAGGGCCUAGGCCCCGGCCUCCCGUGGUGGGCUCGCCGAGCGCCGGGGCUCGCGUCCCGCCGUCCCCUCGGCCCCAGCUUCGCCUCCCUGCGGACCCCCACGGGCUGGGCGCGGGGCACCCCUGCCGAAGCCAUGGAGGACGAGGUGGUCCGCAUUGCCAAGAAGAUGGACAAGAUGGUGCAGAAGAAGAACGCGGCUGGAGCAUUGGAUUUACUGAAGGAGCUUAAGAAUAUCCCCAUGACCCUGGAAUUAUUACAGUCCACAAGAAUUGGAAUGUCAGUCAAUGCUAUUCGUAAACAGAGUACAGAUGAAGAAGUCACAUCUUUAGCAAAGUCUCUCAUCAAAUCCUGGAAAAAGUUAUUAGAUGGACCAUCUACAGAUAAAGACCCUGAAGAAAAGAAAAAAGACACUGCAGUUACAUCACAGAAUAGCCCUGAAGCAAGAGAAGAAAGGCGUGUGCGCGCGUGUGUGUAUGUUAGUAGUUCCAGUGGCAACGUGAGCAGCAGAAAGGAGGAGGCAAAUGCUCGAGAUUCUUACGUGUCGUCCUUCCCUCGGGCACCGAGCACCUCGGACUCGGUCCGGUUAAAGUGUAGGGAGAUGCUGGCGGCCGCUCUGCGGACAGGAGAUGACUACGUCGCCAUUGGAGCUGAUGAGGAAGAAUUAGGAUCUCAAAUUGAGGAAGCUAUAUAUCAAGAAAUAAGGAAUACAGACAUGAAAUACAAAAAUAGAGUACGAAGUAGGAUAUCAAAUCUUAAAGAUGCUAAGAAUCCAAAUUUAAGGAAAAACGUACUGUGUGGAAAUAUUCCUCCUGACUUAUUUGCUAGAAUGACAGCAGAGGAAAUGGCUAGUGAUGAACUCAAAGAGAUGCGGAAAAACUUGACCAAAGAAGCCAUCAGAGAGCAUCAGAUGGCCAAGACUGGUGGAACCCAGACUGACUUAUUUACAUGUGGCAAAUGUAAAAAGAAGAACUGUACUUAUACACAGGUACAAACUCGUAGUGCUGAUGAACCAAUGACAACAUUUGUUGUCUGCAAUGAAUGUGGAAAUCGAUGGAAGUUCUGUUGAGUUGGAAGAAACGGCAAAAUGUCUGGACCAUUAAAAAAUGGAUUUUGUAAUUAGCUUUAAAACUAGGCCAUCUAGUUUUCUUGCAAAUCAGAUUUUUAAAGUAACAUACAUCCCUUGGGUUAGUGUUGGUUUUUGACAUAGCAUUCCUUCCUUAAAUGCCUUCUCUAGUUUCAGAUCGUUAGGGAGACCACAUAAUAAUUAUAUGGUAUCUGUUUCAAAACUUUUUUUUUCAAUUUUAUAGUAAGUUGAUAUUAAACUUUUGGCAGUUUAUUUUUACCUUUUUUUUUCUUUUCAAAGGAAAACGUACCUUAACUUUUUUACAGUCCAAAACAUAUACAGUAGAAAUGUUACUCUUCUCAGUUAAUACAUAAAUGGAAAUUACAUUUUCCCCCAUAUUGGCACGUAGCUGCAAGUAGUAAACGAGGAGAAGAGGUAUUAUAAGUUUGUCAAAUGUGGUGUGUAUUCAGAUAAUACUUGACCAGCUUAUCUAAAUUGUACAUAAUAUUUGAACUAGCCUAUGAGAUUGAAUUAAUUAUUAUGUUCACAAGUCUGGGAUGAUUAGAUAUUAUUUUGCAUUUGUAACUAACCAUGAUAAUCAUUUCCUGUAAUUUCUUGUACAUGUUUUUGACUCGUUCUUCAUAGAUUUUACUUUUGGAAACAUGACUUUGUUGGAAUCAGUUUGGUUUUGUUGUUUACUUACCUGUUUGACUUUGUGGUGCAUUUUGGUUUUGUGGAACACUGUUGUAGUUGAGUAGGUUUUCCGUAAAUCCCAGCAUAGGCGAAGAAUGAAAGCUUCUGACCAUUUUUCUCGUCUUCGGAAGACACACCUGCAAAGAAAAUGUUACUGUUUUAGUGCAGUAUAGUUACUGUCAACAGUUAAUGACUUGAUUUUGGUUUGGAAAUCUCUACUGACCAAGGAUUAGGUUUAAGGACUAUAUGAAUCAUUAAAGCUGUGGUCUUUCCAUAUGGAGGUUGAUAGAAAACAUUUUGGUCCCGAAUCCAAUUUGCUGGCUCUUUUUCUGUUACACAAUGAAUGAGGUUCUUAAACAAACUGAUUAUAUGGGCCGUAUUGCAGUUGGUUUUACAGUACAGACCUUCUAGUUAAUUUUUUUUUAAGUGCGUACGAUUUGUUUUGUUAGGAGUAAAAAAAAAAUGAUUUUUUCGAUUCCCUAGGGUACACUUGUUCUAGCCCAUCAUAGAGGCCGCCUUUACAAAGCCCACAUUUUUAUCGUGCUCAGUCCGUAUUCUAUCAGACUCCUGUAGAAAGACUUCAGUACAUGCUUUGCACUCCCCUUUGCUCCCUUUUCCCACUUUUUAAACGCAAAUCAAUUUGACGUAACACAGAAGACAGCGUUACAGGUCUGUGCCAGGGCCCCAUGUACGAGCACUGACCCCCUGUCCCAUCCUGCCUCUACUUUGUCAGUCCUCAGAUUAACCUUUAUCACUUGAAAAAUAAAGCGCAUUUUUGGAAGAAUGAGUUUUGGAAGAAUAAAACUAAAAUAGUACCACUUUUAAAUUAAGUGAUCCAUUUUUAAAUUUGUAAUCCAAUAAAGUUUCUUGUUAUUAAACACGCA